AUGGCGGAGACGGACGACUCCUUAUUCGUCAACGACGAAGACUUCGAUGACUUCGAUGGAGACGAGGGAAUGGAAGGCGUGGAGAUGGAUGAUGACGCAUAUGCUGACUCGCAGAUCUACAAAGAAGAGAUUGAGAGUCUACCCACGGCUCCAGCCUACGACAAGGAGUUUCCGGUAGUCCAAAAGAUGAUCAACUCUGUUAUCGAAGGACUGCAAGCUACUAUUCCAGAAGAGCAGCGCGAAGCCCCCCGCUUCAAACACCUCUAUGAAUCCUGCGAACAACUGAAGAAGGCCAAAUCCACGCCAAAUAGGCGUCGCAUCAACAUUGUGGGCAAGUCAGGCGCAGGCAAAAGCUCGCUACUCAACAGCCUGCUUGGUCGGCCAAAGCUAGCAAAGUCACUAGCUGCCUCAAAGGGCUGCACUCACGUGCCAACAUCGUACGAAAGUGCCUUCCUAGGACAGACGAAGGCGCUGGCGGCCAAGGUUGAGUUUUUCACACUCGAUGAGAUCCGGACAAAGCUCGACCUCAUGCUCAAGGACUACUAUGCCUGGGUGUACGAGGAGGACCAGGAUGUGGCCCCCGAGGAGACUGCAGAACUACAGACAGCUGCUAUGACUGCGUUCGAUGCAUUCCGUUCUCUUUUCAACGAGCAGGACGAGUUUUCGUCGAAGAGGGCGGGAGAAGAGUUUUUGGCAGACUCAUACAAGCAGGAUCGCAACACCUUGCUGGAUACUCUACUGGAUUGGUGCCAAGAUCUCAUCGAAGAAGUAGAGGAGAUCGAUGGAGAUGUCAUGAUAAAGACCGAAGACGAAGAUGGAACCAGCUUUGGAGACACCCGCAACAUUUGUGCCUUCAAAGAGUUUGAUGAUCAGAAGGAGCUGACCAAGUACAUCGAGCCUUUUGCUUUCUCGGAUUCCAAGUAUUCCAGCCCAGCACUGUGGCCCAUCGUCAAGAUAGUCAGGCAGGGCCUCAGGAACAUUCGGAUCCUCCAGGAGAACACGAUUACCGACUGGCCAGGGUCAGACGAUACCAAUCGACUCCGAGCAAAGGCGUCUGCGGAGCGCGUCUACCAUUGUGAUGAGAUCUGGAUCGUAUCGUCCGCCGAUAGAAUAGGGACUGAUCCUUCGGCUAUGACCAACCUUGUUCGGUACGGCAACGACAUACCUUGCAUCGUCGUUUGUACAUGCAUCGACGACAAGCUCGACGAAGGACUUGCGAACGAAAUGGAGAAAGAGGGCGAGGAUAUCGGAAAUCAUGACGAACUUCUCAACACGGAACAUGAUCUUGAGAAGAGGAUCCGGGCCCUCGAUGCGAAGAUCAACAUGCGACAACAGGCCAUAGAGAAGGGCUUCUGGAAAAGCGCGAGCAAUUCGAAACGCAUCAAGCUGGAUGAUACCAAGCGCAAUCAAUGGGUUGAAGAGAUGCCAGAUGUGCGAACAAAACUUCUGGAGUACCAAGACAAGUUACAAGACGUCAGCCAGGAGCGCUUCGACCUGUUAGUCGCCGUUCGCAAGAGCUACAUCAAGAGCCUCCUGCAAGAUACAGUCUCACGGCAUCUGGAGCGCGGUCAGGUAUCGCUGUAUUGUGUUUCAAACCAUCAUUACAACAUGCACAAGACCGGGAAGACAGUGACCGGGCCUCGUCUCUCGGUCGAAGCUACCGGUAUACCAGAUCUGCGACGCUACAUUCUCCAGACUGCUGCACCUCGCAUUCUCGAAAAUGAGAAGCAGUUUAUCAACUCACAAGUCAGCGUCUUACUUCAAGGAGCCAACGUUGUGGCAAACCAACUAAGCUUCGAAGGUGGCGACAAGGUCUUCGCCAUGAUACAGAACAAGCGCGCUCAGCUCACUCCGCUUUUUGGUCAAUACCUGGACUCUGUCAAGUCUUCGGCGAUGACCGAAUUGAAAGAACCACUGGUUGCGGAGCAGGAUGGUUUCGCUGCAGUUGCAUUGAAGCGGCUUCAGGAGAAGAAGAAGUGGCACUGGUGCACUUCACGAGCUUUCAUUCGCCACGAGGGUUGUCAUAAGACACAGAAGCAACCCUACCAUUCAUGGAACGAACAAUUCAUGGAGCCAGCCAACUCUAUCUUGAUCGGAGCUAAGAACAACGGACGCUGGCGGACAUUCGAGAUCGAGGAGAAAGCAUACUCCACGAACUUGCAGGGCGCCCUCGUUAGGGAAUGCGAAGAUCUUGCGCUCAAGUUGGAAGCAGAUACGGCUGAGGUGCAACUACCCAAGCAAGAGCUGCGCGAUUUCAUGAAGGGCCAUGCUCUUCGUCUGGAGGCGAUCCACAACAGAUUCCAGCAGAAACUCGAAAAAUCCCUGAAGGGGAUCAAGUUUGAGUCCACCCUAGCCAACAAUGGCAUUCCCAGUGCGUACUUCAAUGUCGCCAUGAGAGGCGUCUACGAGACAUGUCAAGGAAUCCGAGGCACGGGCUCUACAGCUCGAAUCAUGUCUGUUCUUGAGAACCACCUCCAGCGGAAGGACGAGCAUUCCCCGUUCGCCGUUCACUGCAACUCUAUGAUUGACGCAAUCGGCCGCGAACUAGAAGCAAACCUCGACAAAUUGCAAGUCCAAGUCGGCAAGAGCAUCGACGAUACGUGGCUGUGGCUUGAGCCAAUGUUCAAGAAGGAAAGCGACGACAGCAAGGACGAGGAGACUGUGGCCGAGAACGUGCAAAAGUAUGUGAUCAAGGCCAGACGUGAGAUGGAGUCUGCCAGUUCUCUCAUUGCGAGACUUGAGCAAGCCUAUGGGGCGGAGAACUUGCAGUGA